GCAAGCGCAUCGCACUCGCACUCGCAUGCCACGCCCGCCGCCAGCCGCCGCAGCUGCCGCCGGGCCGCGGCCGGCGUCGCACACCAAGCACGAGGCCAGCCUGCUCUACCCGCUGCCGUCGCUGGGCGCGCAGCUGCGCCUGGCGCAGGACUCGGCACGCGGCCAGUCCACCGGCACCACGCUCUGGCUCAGCGCCCAGAUUGCCGCCUGCUGGCUGCAGGCGCACCCGGUGCGCGCGGGCAAGGCAGCCAAGACGGCCGAAGAAGGGACGAGUGCGGCAGAUGGAUCGGCAUCGACGCCCGCCCUUGACCCGCCUACGCCGCUCCGCGCCCUCGAGCUCGGCUCGGGCACGGGCUUCCUGGCCAUGGUGCUGGCGCUGCAGGGCCUGGCGGUGCUGGCCACCGACAUCGAGCCGCCGCUGAGCAGCGUGCUGCGCCCCAACCUGGCGGCGAACGGCAGCACUGCAGUCGCAGCGCCCCUUGACUGGGCCGACACGCCGGGCGACAGCAGCGGCAUUGGCAGUGCCGACGACGAGAUGCGUGCUGCCGACUGGCUUGCGCAGCUCGGUGCCGCCGCCGGCGUGCCGUCGCCCUGGGACGUGCUCGUCUCGGCCGACACCAUCUACCAUCCGCAGCUGCUGCACCCGCUCUGCCGCACGCUGCGCGCCGCCGUGCUUGCCUCGCGCCGCGACGGUGUUGAGCCGCAUGUGCUGCUGGCGCUCGAGCGCCGCGACCCGGCCCUCGUCGACGAGGCGCUGCGCACCGCCGAGCGGCAUGGCUUUGCACUGCAGCGCCUGCCGCCGCGCAAGGUGCGCCGCGCCGUCGACGCGCACCUCGGCAGCGCGUGGCCGCGCGACGAGUGGGAGGAGGUCGAGCUGUGGACGCUGCAGCUCGUCGACGACGCCGCGCUGCUGCGGCUGGCAGCGACGUAGUGUGCGUCACGGCGGCGAAUGAUCACGUCUCCUGCCUCUCUCUCCGCAGCGGCCCCACCGCGCGCCUCCCACCAACGCCGCGCUGCUGCGCCUGGCCGCGGCCUCUGUGUAGGCCGGCGACGGACCCUCUGGCACCACGGCGGGCCUCGCCGGCCCUCGCACUCCUCCUCGUCGUCGGCAAAAGGGCAAAAAGAGGAUGCUACCGGCGGGAUUCGAACCCACGUCGCGAUCUGAUCCACAAAAAUGGGAAGGUCGCAUGCUGGCCACUGCACUACGGCAGCAUGUGAACUCGAGUCGCCAAAUCUAGCGUAU